UGACGACAUGCUGUUAUUUUUAUCGCGGUGACCUCAUCUCUGAUGGAGCACCAGGACUCCAGGACCGAGUGUCUCCGCUCCAAUUGUCCACUGCUGCCGCCUCCUUCUCCCACUACCGACAGCCACACGGCCUGGGGACAGGCCGUGGAACCAGCCGGGGACCAGCCCGGACCCUGACGCUGCCGCCCGGACUCUGACGUCGAGUUUCCGACGAGCUUGAAGCUGCUGCAGAAGAAAAAACACAAUAAACAGUAAACACUGCUGGACCACCACAUGCCCUCCUGAUGACAUCACACCGCUGUGACGUGAUGUCACUCUGCUUCUAGUGACUUCCUGCCGCCGCCCAGGAGGGGGAGGGGGGAGGGGGGAGCCAGGAUGCCGAGGCCCAGGGCGGUGCGUCCAAUCGGAGCCCAGGCCCUGGUGGCCCUGCUGGAGGGUGGUCUGGACCGGGUGGUUCUGAUCGACAGCCGGCCCUUCGUGGACUUUAACUCCGCCCACAUCCUGGAGGCCGUCAACGUCAACUGCUCCAAGCUGAUGAAGAGGAGGCUGCAGCAGGACAAGGUCCAGAUCAGCGAGCUGCUGCAGCACUCGGCCAAGAAGAAGUUGGAGCUCCAGGUGGACCAGGAGGUGGUCGUCUAUGAUCAGAACUCUUCAGACCCGACUGCUCUGAGCUCUGAGUCCUUCCUCAGCGUCCUGCUGGUCAAACUGGAGAGAGGCUUCCCUUCAGUUCACCUGCUUACAGGUGGGUUCUCCGAGUUCUCCCAGCUGUUCCCGGGUCUGUGUGAGGGGAAGUCCACCCUGGUUCCCUCCUGCAUCUCCCAGCCCUCUUUACCCGUUACCAGCACCGGACCCACCCGCAUCCUGCCUCACCUUUACCUGGGCUGCCAGAGGGAUGUCCUGAACAGGGAUCUGAUGCAGCAGAACGACAUCGCCUACGUCCUGAACGCCAGCAACACCUGCCCCAAACCCGACUUCAUCCUCGACUCACACUUCCUCCGAGUUCCCGUCAACGACUCGUUCUGUGAGAAGAUCCUGCCCUGGUUGGACCGAUCGGUGGAGUUCAUAGAAAAGGCCAAAGCCUCCAACGCCCGGGUCCUGGUCCACUGUCUGGCUGGAAUCUCCCGCUCAGCCACCAUCGCCAUCGCCUAUAUCAUGAAGAGGAUGGACAUGACUCUGGACGAGGCCUACAGGUUUGUGAAGGAGAAGAGGCCAACCAUCUCUCCUAACUUCAACUUCCUGGGUCAGCUGCUGGACUUUGAGAAGAAGAUCAAGAGUCCCAUUGGUCCUGACAGUAAGCUGAAGCCUGAUGGUCCUGGUCUUCCUGAGGAGGCUGCUGGCUGCCUGGAGGCCCCUGGGGGCCCCGGUCUGGCCCUGCUGGAGCCCCUGACGCUGCCCUGCGUCCUGGCCGAUGCCCCAGAGGACCGUCUGCUGGCCCAGGCCCUGAGUGGCCUCCAGCUGGACGAGGACAGCACCCGGCUCAAGCGCUCCUUCUCUCUGGACAUCAAGUCGUACGGUGAGCCGGGCGGAGGCUCCGCCCACCGAGUGUUUGCACCUCACGGCAGCUCCACGGACGACUUCUACAAAACGUCAGCGUUCAAAGAGCCGGGCGGGAAGCUGUGUCAGUUCUCUCCGGUGGAGGAGGUGUCGGAGCAGUCGACCCCGGAGCAGAGUCCAGACAAGGAGGAGGCCGACGGGCCACAGAGAGCCGCCGGCUUCACCAAAAAUCCGACCAACACCCAGACCAGCGUUGAGGAGAGCGCCGCCAGCUUCCUGUUGGGUUUGUCCCACAGCCAGCAGCACUUGGCCAAGGUCGGGUCUGGCGGCGCCCUGAAGGGAUGGCACUCCGACAUCCUGCUGGGCCCCGUCACCGGAGGUUGGUACCUGUCCUCAGAGUCCACCCGCUUCUACUCCACCUCCGCCGUCCUCGGCAGCGGCAGCUUGGCGGCCUUCGGCUGCAGCCACGGCCUGGAGGCGGUUCGGCGCCGCAGCCGACAGAGAACCGGAGACCGCGGAGACUCGAGGAGGAGCUGGCACGAAGAGAGCAACUUCGAGAAGCAGCUGAAGAGGCGCAGCUGCCAGAUGGAGUUUGGAGAUGGACGGACGGACAGCAGGUCCAGGGAGGACAUGGGGACGGUGGGAAGCCAGUCCAGCUUCUCUGGCAGCAUGGAGGUCAUCGAGGUGUCCUGAGACCUGCAGAACAUCUGGAGGAUGAGUCGAGAUGCUUUGACGGAACACUUAGGUUCUGAUGCCUUAAAUGUGAGGUUCUGGUUCUGAAACAGACGACGCUUUAAUGUUUACUGAUCUGAUCCUUAAAGCUCUGUAGAUGUUAGAACAUGGGACUGAAAGCACAGAGGAGGAAGAAGAACCUUUAUUGAUCCGUCUGCAGGAAGCUAACCCGUUAGCGUGCUACAGCUGGUUCUGAUGGAACAUUCUGGAGGAACUGCAGAACCUGAAGUGAGAACCAAACUGAUCCAUGUUUUAUAGAUCACUGCUGCUGGUAUCCAUCACCAGAAGGAUCUGAAGGUUCUCUGGGAGGUUCUCUUCGACUAAAUGAGACUUUUUCACAAUUUUCUGACAUUUUAUAGAUGAUUGAUUAUUGGUUGAUUAUUGGCUAUUGAUUGAUGAUCAGCUGCAGGACUGAAGUAUUUUUGUGAAUGAACCUUUAAUCUCUGACGGACUCUGAGCCUGUGAAUGUUUGAACCUUCUGAUCAUAACAGGAAGUGGACCUCCUGCUCUUCCUGUCUGACAGGUGACUCACCUGUGGAGCUCCAACAGGUAACGUUGCAGUUGAGGAGGAUCUGAUUCACCGAGUAGAAAACAGUGAAAUAAACCAUCGUGCUCCACUGUUUAGACAAACCUCAUGUCUUUGAUUCAAAUCUUCCUAAAGUUCUCCUCAGAACAUCUGGUUCUUCAUCUCCAGAGUUCUGCCUUCAUGCUGUGGAUAUCUCCAGUAGAAGCUCUGCAGAUAUCCACAGCAUGAAGGUGAUUUUAAAGGGAUGAUUCAGGUGUUUGCUCACCUGUCAGCAGGUAACUCUGGGGCUGAAUCCCAAACCGCCCCCUACACACUAUCCCUACACACUACCCCUCCGUUUGCGCGUUCCCGUGGAGGGUCCUCCAUAUUAAGGGCCGUCCCAAACCGCGUAGUGUGGAGGGAGAGUGGACUGUUCAGCCCUUAAAUAGCGAGUCUGCAUCGAUGCACACUCUGGACAACUUUUUCAGGAAGUGCAACGUCCAAAUGGAGGAGGAAACAACAUAUUGAUGUGAGUUCCACAUGCAUCGUUUAUUUCUCCCACGCCUUUUUCACACUGACAGAACAUCACAAAAAGAGUGGUGAAAAAAGAUAAAAAAAGAAACAAAUCUUCUCUGCUGACGUUUGAUUUAAUUGUGCACCCCCUGACACCUUAAAAUUUGAACACAACUGACAGAAUUCAUUCAUUCAUUCAUUUGUUGGAUCUGAAAUGCCAGAUAAUAGGAUUGGAAAACAUGUGAGUGAAAAAAAGUGGGACGCUUUCGUCUUCUGGAAGCAGCAGCGAUCCUUGUUAGUUGCAACCUGUGCCACAGCGCUACAGCCAUGACAGUAGGCGUCUUUGUGUUACCAUGACGAUGACGUCUUCCGUUUUCCGGUGAGGCGACAGGGCAUCCCAUUCCUGACGAUCGUAUUUAUACCCUCCCCCUUCAGUAAUAGGUGCCCUCCACAGCUGCGAGUGUGACUUCUUUUGGAGUGACACUCGGUAGUGUAGGGGGAGUGUGUAGGGGGAGUUUGGGAUUCAGCCUGGAUGUUUGAGUCUCAACCUUCUCUGCUUCUGAUCUGAUGGGUUUCAACUCAGUCCACAGCGGCCCCUGCUGGACCAACCAGGUAACUACAUUUUAUGCAUAUUUGCAUCAUUUCAGACAUUUUAAAAAUAGUUUUCAACUAGUUUAAAUCAUCUUAGACAAAAUUUUGAAUAUUUUUGAUGACUGUUUCUCAAACAUUUUUUUUUUGUUUUGACAAAAAUUUUGUAAUAUUUUGGGUAGUUUGGGUAAUUCUGGACAUAUUUUAGUCAUUGUCAUUCUUAUCUCCAUGUUUUUGUACUGAGGUUUUACUUCUGUUACUGCAGCAGAGUUCCAGCAGGAGGCGCCGUUACGCUGAGAAACUGAUGAUUGGUUGUUUGACUUCCUGUUUGUUGACUGGAAGUUUUUAACAAUGAUCCUCCUCCAUUCUUCUACCUGUUAGUAAACUAUUUCAUUAUU